CUAAAUGUUCAGUUUACAACCUAAUUCUUUCAGCGAUUUUUCUAUUGCCUUUUUUCUUAAGCAUCACCUUUGACCAACUACUUGAAUUGUCUUUGAUCGAUAACCUGAAUGACCUUUGUCCGAUUUCAAGAACGACCAUUGACCGAUGCCUUUGAUCGACUAUAUGCACGUCCUUAGCCGAUUAUCUGAUUUCUGUCAAUACUUUUCAGUGAUCCAUUAACAUUCAUCGCUAUUUUGUCUUUCACGUCCAAUGGAAUCUGUUUCAGCGAAUACUCAAGAUUGUUUAUGCUCUGGCGCGAACGUUUUAUAUCAUAUCUAGCUACAUAUGGAUCUACAACAAGAAAAAAUACCUCUGUCUGACCACCUGAAUGGUGUCAUUACCCUCAGAGCCCCAUUUUCUGAUGUUCAUUUAUAAUGCCAAAGUAAAGAAUCUCUAAUUAAUGUAUAAAACACUUUUAAUGUUUACAUGUAGCCAUACCCAUAAUAAAUAUGGUGUCAAUGGUAUCCCAAUAUAGCACCAGGUUGACCAUUAAGAUUCGACGACAUAGUUCCUGAUUAAUUACAUCUAAUACUACAAUAUGCGUCUCCCUUCUUUGUGUAUAAUACUCUCCACAGGUAAAAUCGAUGUUGGACAAACAUCACCCACUCGUCCCCUUCGAACUAUACCAUUCUCCAAAUCACAUUCUUUCAAUUUCGCAAACAGCCUCUGAAGGAAUUAGUCACAUUCUACAUAACACUGUAUCCAACAUAAUCUGCCGUACCAUUCCAGCAAUACCAUUCCAGUAAUACCAUUCUAAAAGUCACUUUCUCUUUCACUUUCACAUGUUCAGUGGAGGGAGUUAUAUUGAUGCAUGCACCUGUAAUCUAAGUUUCUAGAGCAGAUUAUUGAACAAGUAGCAGUUUGUGUCAGUGUAUCUAUAUUUUAUAUUGAACAUAUUUAUGGAUAGUUUACUGAUAAGAUAUUGCCAUUUGAAUUUCUUUAAUAUUUAAUAGUCACCACAACUUCAGCAAUAAACCCCCAGUGACCUGCUUUGUUGGACAGUGCUAAUUAUCGGCUAGAUGUAAAUAACGUCGUUAAAUCAUUAUCUGAUCCUGACUAAUGAGGGUUUUUUUUAAAAGAAUGGAACCAAAUUAAUUUCCUUACCAGAACUUACAAUAAUGAAAGUCCUCACAAAAUGUCACGACUAAAAUAUGCCAUCUACGCUUCUUUUCCAUUAUGGAUCUUAGUAUUGCAGGUUUAGUUUGAACACGAAAUAUCUCCUUUUCUAAAUGGCACCUAAUUUGUACAUAUAUUGUUCGUGUUGUUGAGUACACGGCAGCUGAAAAUAGAACACAUUUGGGAUACAAAUUUCAAAAUCGUUUAUCACCACAAAGAACAUCAGAGGCACAGGUGUGACUUUUAGUAUUUGAAAGGUGAUUCUGUUUUCAUUCAGGACAAUUUGAAGGUAAUGCCUUCUUGCGUGGUCUUUUUUAUUUUCGUUCUUCAUUCAUUCAUUUUUUCUUCAUUUCUGCAAGUUUCUGAACAAUCAUGUGGUUAUUAUCCAUGUCAUUAUUUACACUAACUUUAAACACGCCAGGCAGAGGGGAACAGUUGUCUGACACUACACACUAAAACAAGAUGGACAACGAAAGGGGGUAUCUGAUGAUAAAUUGAGGAAAGUGCGAAUGAUUGAAUAAUGUUAAACAAUAGUAUUACUGGUGUUGGUUUGUAUCGGCAAUGUUGGAAAAUACAGCACGUCUAUAUUCAAUGACGAAAUGAAGUGGAUUCCGUCAUUCAAGUCACCAUGCUCGCAUCAAUGCUGUAUAUUAUCCAUCUGUCUAUCAACAUAACCUAAUGCUUUGCACUCAUAAAACUGACUAGCCGGUGUGGAUAUUAACAUGGCGAUAUGCCGUCAUACAGCUGGAAUAUUGCUGAGUGCGGCGUUAAACAGCCAACCAACCAACCAACAUAGCGAUAUAAGUUAAAUACAUUUACCGAUAACGGUUGAUUAUCAGAUCCUAUUUGUUUCCUAGGUGAUGUCCUCGUCUAUUGUAACAGCGAUAAACGUUCCAAAACAAAAUGCACCUUAAAUAUUCCCUGGGGAAUUCCCUCAUGAAUAUGCAGCAUGGUGUCAGAGAGCUACGGGAAAGCCAGGAGGGGAUUUUCUGCUUGAUCCAUAUACGAGCUUGCUGUGUAUAUAGAUAUUUAGGGUGACUUCAGUGUCGUGCAGGGAUGUGUAUGUAUGCAGUGCUACAGAUCACCAUCACAUCUAGUGUAUAUCUGCAGUCGGGUACAUACGUCUUGUGGUCGAUAUGAGCGUCCGAAUGUUGGGUUUGUCUGUAACAUUUUGAAUUAUCCCAGAACCUGGAUUUGCGGUUUCAUUUUCAAGAAUUUUCAAAAGACUUUAAUUUGAAUAAAAGUGCAAGAUUUGAUUUCGUGUUCGAGACGUUAUGAUGUCUUACUUCAGCAGUAGAUGUGUGGAUGGUUGCACAGACGUUGAUGAAGGGGACACAGCAUCGGAGAUGGCCACGGCAGAGAUGAUGAGACACGAAGCAAGGCGGCUCAUGACGUACACAAAAUGGCCGUCUUCAUCCCCACAGGAUACUGCAAGGUUAGCUGAAGCUGGUUUCUUCUACACCGGAAGUAGCGACCGGGUGAAGUGUGCCUUCUGUCUCGGAGUGCUGAAGACGUGGAAUCUGGAAGAUAUCCCCCUCACAGAACACCGGAGUCACUUCCCUUACUGUAGGUUCCUCCAGGGUAAGGAUGUUGGGAAUAUUCCGUUGAGGCAAACAGGCACUGAAGAGGUGACAGAAACAACAUAUCAACCAAACGGGAACACUUAUGCUUUUGUUCCACAGUCUGCUUCAGAUCCGCAGUGCGGACUCCUAGGUAAUAUAUUACCUGUUUCACACACACCUGCAGAAGCAUCCCUUGCAGGAACGUCAGCCUUACCUUCUAAACAAAUGCAAGUUAUUGCCUCAGAGUCUGUUCAAAACAUGCUGCAACACAACACUGUGGAGACCGGUUGUACCCUCCCACACAUCCAGAACCAAGCUCCUUCUGAAGCUCCACCUCCCCCUGUUGUUCCUGACUUCACUCGUGAAGUCCAUCGUCUAGCAACGUUUUCCCGGUGGCCAGAAGAAUCCACGGUGUUACCGGAGGAUCUUGCACGUGCAGGAUUUUAUCACGUGCCCCAGGAAGCCAAGCCCGACCGUGUGAGGUGCGGGUACUGUGGGGGUAAGGUGUACGGGUGGCAAGCCGGAGAUGACCCGUGGAUGGAGCACGCCCGAUGCUUCCCAACUUGCCCAUACAUGAGACUGUGUCUCGGAGAAGAGAUGCUUCAGGACAUGACAGCAUACAUGAUGGAACCAGGCAGUUGCUGAGUCGGAUUACAGCCUAUAAGAGAUCCUGGUUCAACACCCAGCAUCAUUACAGCCGGAUGUGGACACGAGUGCCUGACCUGGCUGUAAUUAGUCGGGAUAACAGAUUUGCGUCGUAGAUGUCGUCCAUGUCAAACAGCGUCGUAUUUGUCGUCCACGUUAGCCAUGAUGGUGUUACUAAAGCUAGUU